GUACGGCGCAUCAAACAUGUAAGAAUUAAGGUGGAAGGAGUUUAACAGUAGCCCUUCAGAAGCAAAAUACAAGCUUUCUCUAUCCCCAACAGAUUAUAAUAAGCAUACAAAAGUCUCCAGGCUAAACAGCAUGUUGGGCAUUUGCCAGAGGCUAAUGUUUUAGCGAAAUUUAUAUUCACCUAACCCCAAAGCUAACAUCUUAAAUGUGUGUCUGUGUUGGCUUUGUUACGCACGUAGGAGGUCGUAAUUUGAUCAAUGAAGUCGAUGUUCGCAAAUAAUCACUAUGAAGCGCACAGAGUAUUAAAAAAUUAAAAACAAAUAGUUGAUAACAAUUGAGAAUAAUCAUUUUUUGUGUGUGGGAAUAAAAGAAAAUAAAUUCUCAAAUUAAAUAGAAGAGUGUUAAAUAUUUGUGAACGCACAGAAAGGUCGAAAGAAAUUAUUAUAUGGCGAGUUCUCGAUUAGAAUUUGAAAGAAAACAACGUCAUAAUGCUGUCCGACGAUUAUGUUAUUCUCAUCCGACUGUCGUGAGCAGAUGUGGACGCUUAGAUGCUUCUUGGAAACUACCAAAAGAUUUACAUACUCAACAAUAUUGUUGUUAUCCUGAUGUACGAACAUUUAAGAAAACUAGUACGCGUAAUCAAGUCACAAGAAAAAGUUGUUUACGGCCACUGUUUUUAAAUGGCGGCAACUCGUGCAAUGAAGCUACGUCAUAUAGUACCGAAGCUAGUAUAUCGUACAAUAGCAUUGAAUUAUGUGGUGACAAACUUAACGUUAAACUUCCAAGUGUGAAUAUUUUCAGGAAAGGUGGGCACUCAACCGCCCACCCCCUGGACGUUAGUAAACAAAGUAUAGAUCAAAUUAAUAGGCCUUAUUUUCACGGGUGGGGACAGAGAAAGAUUUCUAACAUUUACAACGAAAAUUUCGUCCUAAAUAUUCAACCAAUAGAACCCUUGACCAAAGUUAGAUGUGUGAAACAUUCAUUAAACAAACAGGAGUUAGACAAAGAAAAAGUUUGGAUCCAAAAAGAAUCUGUUAUCAAACCUUUCCAAGUGAAGAAGGAUGGAAGAGUAUUUCAACCUGUUAACAAGUUAACUGUAAAAUUUUCUUGACCAGAUCAAUAUAAAAACACACGAAGCUGUAAAACAAUUUGAAUUAAAAAAUGGAAUUCCCUUGUUAUUAUUUUCUAGAAAACUAACUUUCCGAAGCUAUUUUUCGCGUUAACAUUGGAGCGUAGUCUAGGAGGAGUGGGUUUAGGCCACAGCCCCUUAAAAAAUAUUAAACACGAAAAAGGAACAUUUCAGACUACAAUUGCUACAUACAUAAGUCAUUGACAUAUUUACGUCUUUUGUGAAUCACCUUUUUUUAUAAUGUGGCCCUCAAAUUUAAUACGACAUAAAAAUUUACGGAGGGGCGAGACCGGGCAUGCCCAUACCCCUUUUCUUUAACCCUCCUCAGAUUGCUACAGCCCUGUUGUAAAAAUAAAAAACCCAAAAAUACAACUUGCAUUACAACCUCAUCAUAACUUCUUUUUUUUAAGAGACUGAAUUAUUAUUAUGAUAUUUCAAACACUUGCAAGUGAACUAUUACCCUAAAAGAAAAACACCAGUUGUUGCUCAUAGAAAAUGCGUUUAGUUGGCUUGACGCAAUAUGUAAGUACCUAUAAUAUGACGUCAAAUAUUAUUCAUUAAAAAGUAGUUUUAAUUGUUCACAUGCAAUAUGCGCGGCUGCAGCAGCGGCGGUGUCACUUGACACAAUGCGGUAGUAAAGAUGAUCCCACGACGUUUUGCAAGUAAGUAUUACGUGAUUUUUAGUUCCAAUAUUUUUUUAUCUAAGACUUUCAACUGUUACUAUAUAGCUAUAUGUCAAUUUUAGUUGACACUCACUACUACCUGUGGAUUGGUGGAGUGUUCGGAUUGUUAACAACACUCGCAUGGCUUCUUUGUCGUACUAAAUGGAGGCGACGACAGAACUGCAAAACUCCAGCUGAAUCACAGCUGGCUUCUUCAACAUCAAGCGCAAUACAAAAAGAUUUUCAUCAAAUAUUGCAUCAUGAAGAAAAGGGGAAAUUGGAGAGAAUAACAAGCGUGUCACGUGAUAUGUAUGAGCUUCUUGUUGAGAAGAUGAUUGGAUUAGAACGUUCGGUAUCCUCAAUGAAUGUUGCAGAAUUGACCAAUGAUACUCCUUCGAUUAGUCGUCACGUGUUUGUGCCGUUAAGAAAUACUUCUUUUCCAUCAACUCAGUUGUUUUCUAGAAAAACAUCUCAAAAUCAAAACAAGUCUUCAUUCGAACAUGAAGUUUACAAGAAACCUCUGCACACACGCAUUAGGACUAGCUUAUCUAAUCAAGAUUAUUCUGGCUUUCUCAAAACCGAAACAUGUCAAGAUGUCAGAGGUAGUAGCACAGCUGACGCAAGAUGUACACGCAGUCGAACAGGAACGCGACAGAACAAAUAUCUUCGAAAGAUUUUCAAAGGUUUUUCUUCUUGCAUAAAACCGCAAACUAAUUGAAAUGGCGACUUUUAUUUUCCUAGCCACAACUCAGUUUUACUUUUAGUAAGGUAGUAGAUAUCCUUAACUAUAUCUCUAAGCUACAACAACGAUUUAACACAAAUUUUCUCGCGAUCAAAUUUUUUAUUUUGUUGUUGAUACUGUGCUAAAAACUAAAGUUUUCUUAUUUCAACACCCGUAUUCUGUUUAAGAUUGUUGCGUGCAGUUUUAUUUUAGACCAACCACAAAGUAAUUCGAUCGUACAAGGAAUAUGUGCGACGGGGGUGUGGCAACUGAUUCUAAAUGAUUACUGUAUAACCUCCUUCGCCGCCAUGAUGUUAUCUGUGAUCGACGCGACGUUGUUAAGAUUAAACUUUUCUGGAUAUCCUUGCAAGAAGUACUUAGAAACUUUAUGAAACAAAAGUUAUUUCUUAUUUUGUUUGUUUUCGUCAUUUAUUUAUUUGUUACUUUCCACUCCGGUUAUUAGAAAGGAUGCAGUUUCUUAAAAUUGAUUGAGACAUUACUGGAAGUUAUGUUAAUCUCAUUCGAUACGUGACCCUCUCACAUGUUUUUCAAACUCCUUUUAGUGAUUUGCACGGGGAUGUCAUUUACUGUUUCAGUGUUUAUUUUUUAGACACCACCUCGUAAGCUUUUUAGUUUUAAAAAUGCCCAUAUUAGAUUUUAGUUAUUAAUACUCGGAAUUAGUCCUAAAAUUCCUAACAAAUUUAAUCCGUACAAACAGUAAAAUAUAACGACGAGAUUAACAGAAAGUUUAACAAAAAGAGUCCUGGGGGCGAGAUUGGAUUACCGUUGUAACUAUGGUUGCAACUUAGAAAUCUAUACUAUGCUUUUAAAUUAUCAGAAGGUAUCCCUGCGCAUGAUUUCUAAAUUUUAACAGAAAAAAUAUCAGACAUACAGACGAUUUCCACACCACUUAUCAUUGGGAAAACGAAUAUGUUUAUUUAACCAUCAGAUACUUCAAAGAGAAUGUCAGAAAUCUAGUUGAAUUAUAGUAAAUUGAUUUUUGCCAAAUAUGGGUAAUUUGGGAAAAAUAUUAGGCUUUUCAUGAUGCCACAUUAAAAGUGCUGACAUAAUCGAAUUUUUGCUACCAUUCGGUUCCUUUAAUGUCACACUUUACCUGAAAUAACUCUAUUCAGAAAAGCU